AUGGAAAUCAAGUCUCUCUUGGCUUUGGCCUCCUUCAUCUUCUGUGGAGAAACCCUUGCGCAGACGUCUUCAGAUGACCCUGAAGCAAUUCUUGGACCAAUUUCCCCAAUCUCCAUCGAAAGUGGCCGAUACAUCGUCAAAUUCUCAUCCUCCGGCUCAGCCAGAUUCAGAAAGCGUGACGGAAAUCUUGACACUGCCGGCUUCUUUACCACCCUCCAGGAUGCCGGCAAAGAUGCUUCCCCAGCGGUGAGCUUCAACUCGCAGCUGUUCCACGGGGCUUCCUUUGACCUAAAGAACGAUACUUCUGAAACUGUAGCCGAUAUUCAAGCUCUGCCGGAAGUUGAGAAGAUCUGGUCUGCUGCACUUUUCUCACUUCCCAUCACGACUGAAGCGGUUGUGCAGACAGAGUUCCCCACUUGGAACCCUCACAAUGACACCAACGUCGCUCUUGCGCAUGCCAACGGCCAUUUCGGCGAAGGUGUGGUAGUUGCGAUUGUUGACUCUGGUGUUGAUUACAAUCACCCUGCUCUUGGAGGCGGUUUCGGCUCAGGGUUCAAGGUCGAGAGCGGCUACGAUUUUGUCGGCGACAACUACGAACCUGGAGAUGUCUACCUUCCAGACGAGGAUCCUAUUGACUGCAACGGUCAUGGCACACACGUUGCUGGCAUCAUCGCCAGCAGCAACGAGUUCGUGCCUGGUGUUGCACCGUCGGCCCAUCUUCGUGCCUAUAAAGUAUUUGGGUGCGGGGGCAGCACCUACGAGGACGUGAUUGUUGCGGGCUUCCUCCGAGCUCACGAGGAGGGCGCAGAUAUUGUCAGUGCCUCGCUUGGUUCCAACAGAGGAUUCGUCGACACCCCUCUUGCGGUGGUGGUAACCGCCAUCCAAGCUGCCGGCACCUUUGUCUCCAUCGCUGCUGGAAACGCUGGCGAAAGCAGUAAGUCUGCCUCAAAUCGAGAGAAGUAG